AAUCUACACGAAGAGUUGUGGCUCGAGCUCGGGUUCGGGGUCGAAUUCGCUGAAUCCGAUUUUGGGAAUCGAACGGAAAACAAGCAAAUUGAUUCUAUACAACCCGGGCAGUGCUACGGAGGGUGGUGGGGGGAAUGGCGCGUCGUUGGAACUCGAUAAGAGUAUAUUCAUAAGCGAUACAAUGAUACGGAGGGAUCUACGUGACAGCGGGGUGGCAAUAUGCUCGCAGAAUAUCAGUGCGCAGUUUAGUGAUAAUUUCGACUUCCAAUUCCGAGAUGACGUCAUUCGGGAGAUUAUUUUAAAUGAGGAGAUUUUGGGAUUGCAUAUUCAUGUGGACGUGUUGCCGGAUAGUGUGGCUGCGUUCACGGUUAGGGAUUACGAAGGGUUGAUACGAGCGAAUCGUCUGAUAUUGCAACGAUGGUUGACGCCACUUUUACCGGGGCGUGCG